UAAAGUUGCUCACUUGCGCUGCGUGCCUGCGUCCACUAUUCAACUCGUUCCUCUUCUUUCUCUGCAUUCCAAUUACUUUCCUGGGCAGUUCAUCGUUUUCUUCAACAGGCCAUAUUCUAGGGAACAAAGGAAUGAUGUGGGGGAUUAUUAGGCGAAAAGUUGCUUGUUGUGGGUCGUCUGCUUCGAUUUUAGGGCAGCCAUUGCAGAGGAUUCGACCUGCCGUGUCUGCAGCAAGAAGUUACUCGACUGCAGGACAGAAGGCAUCACUACUUAGCAGAGGACCGAAACAAGUUCAGAACUUCACUCACUGUAUUCUGCUUGGUGGUUCAGUUAAAUCAAAGCCUGUAAGGGAAUUUAUUUCAUUUACACAACCAAGCAGUCCAAUUCAAAUAUGGAGUAGAUCAUUUUCUUCAGAUAAUGGUGACCUGGUUGAUGCAGUUGUUCCUUUCAUGGGUGAAUCUAUCACCGAUGGCACACUAGCAAAAUUUUUGAAGAAACCUGGUGAUAGUGUAAAAGUUGAUGAGCCAAUUGCUCAAGUGGAAACUGAUAAGGUGACCAUAGAUGUUGCCAGUCCGGAAGCUGGAGUCAUCCAAAAGUUUGUAGCUAAGGAAGGUGACACUGUGGAACCGGGAACUAAGAUUGCUGUUAUUUCAAAGUCUGGUGAAGGUGCUAUACACGCUGCUCCAUCAGAGGAGAAAUCUGAUAAGGAGGCUUCUAAACCAUGUCCUCCUGGAAAGGAGAGUGUGGCCAAGCAAGAGCCUAAAGUAGAAACUUCUGCUGUCAAGGAGAAGCCUAAAACAUCUUCUCCACCACCUCCACCAUCAUCACCGCCAAAAGCCUCAGCUACAGAGCCUCAGCUUCCUCCGAAGGAAAGGGAAAGACGUGUUCCUAUGACAAGGCUUAGGAAACGGGUUGCAACACGUUUGAAAGACUCUCAGAACACAUUUGCAAUGCUGACUACAUUCAAUGAAGUUGAUAUGACCAACCUGAUGAAGCUUCGUUCUGAUUAUAAAGAUGCCUUUGUGGAAAAGCAUGGUGUGAAGCUAGGACUUAUGUCAGGAUUUUUGAAAGCUGCUGUCAGUGGGCUUCAGAAUCAGCCAAUAAUCAAUGCAGUCAUUGAUGGGGAUGAUAUCAUAUAUAGGGAUUAUAUUGAUAUCAGUAUUGCUGUUGGUACUCCUAAGGGUCUUGUUGUUCCAGUCAUCCGUAAUGCAGAUAAAAUGAACUUUGCUGAGAUAGAGAAAGAGAUCAAUACCCUAGCAAGGAAGGCUAAUGAUGGCACCAUAUCAAUUGAUGAGAUGGCUGGGGGCUCAUUUACAAUAUCUAAUGGAGGUGUCUAUGGAAGCCUUUUGAGUACCCCAAUUAUCAAUCCCCCACAGUCAGCAAUCCUGGGCAUGCACUCAAUAGUGACCCGUCCAAUGGUUGUAGAUGGCAACAUUGUUCCAAGGCCAAUGAUGUACAUUGCAUUGACCUAUGAUCAUAGGCUGAUUGAUGGAAGAGAGGCAGUUUUCUUCUUGCGCCGUAUCAAGGAUGUUGUGGAGGAUCCUCGCAGGCUGCUGCUUGACAUUUGAAGGUGUACCACUGACUUUUUUGAUUUUGUGAUUUGCCAGUUUACGUAGGUUCUGGCAUAUCAAGAUUUUUAUUUAGCCACAAUAAGUAAUGGGCUCAAAAUUUUGCUGGGAUUCUUUUCUUGGUCAAAACCGUCAGCAAGUUCUACAACUGCGGCCUUCCAUGGUUGAGUUUCCUAUGAGAAACCCUGCUUGAUUACAUAAUUGUUGUUUAUAUUUGCCAACUUAUUUUAACAUGCUUAAUUUCAAUCUGCCAAGGAGUCGUCAAUAUCUGGCUAAGAGUUAUAAGAUUUGUAUGAAAAGGGGUAUUGCCCCUACAUACUUCAAAGCACCAAAAGUUUGUCAUAUGAUGCGUCUUUCUUUUUUCA